AUGGGCACAUUUAUAAAACUUUUUAUUUUUGCAAUAAUUCUAGUAAAAUUUUUACCUUCUUUUGGUGACAGUUCGGAUAAUAAUUCUUAUAAAUGGCCAACUGUCGCUAUUUCAGUGUUGAUACGAAACAAAGCUCAUACAUUACCGUAUUUCUUUUCCUCUCUGAUGAACUUAGACUAUCCUAAAGAUAGAAUAUAUAUUUGGAUUUACAGUGACUUUAAUGCAGAUAACAGUGUGGAUAUAAUAGAAGACUGGGUUGAAAAAUAUGGUCCAGACUACAAUGCUAUUUAUGUAACAACAAAUACUACAACUGGACAACUGCAUCCUGAUGAGAAAAUAUCUACAAAUUGGAGUCCUCAGCAUUUUCAACAUGUCAUCCAUUUGAGAGAAGAUGCUAUUAGAUUCGCUAGAAGAAUGUGGGCUGAUUUUAUUUUUAUGAUAGAUGCCGAUGUGUUUUUGACAAAUCCGUCAACAUUAAAAGUUCUGGUCAAUAAGGAUUUUACUGUGGUUGCCCCCAUGCUUGCCUCUGAUGGACUUUACUCAAACUUUUGGUGUGGAAUGACAGACCAAUACUAUUAUAAAAGAACGGAAGACUAUAAGCCUAUUGUAAAUCGUGAAAAAAUAGGGUGUUUUGAAGUUCCUAUGGUGCAUACUGCAGUACUAAUAUCCCUAAAGCAUCAAGCAUCAGACCUCCUUACAUACAACCCUAAAAACAUAAAGAAUUACAAUGGACCUAUCGAUGAUAUUAUAGCUUUUGCGUUAAACGCAAAAAAUAAUGGUAUCAGUCUAAAUAUUUGCAAUGAUUAUCCUUAUGGGUUUGUAACUGUGCCUUUGGAAGAUGGGGAUGAUCUGAGAAAUGACCAAGAGCAGCUGUUGAAUAUUAAAUUAGAAGCAAUUAGUCGAGGGACUCCAUUGCCAUUAGACAAACAUAUGGAGAAGUAUGUGGUUUAUCCACAAUAUUGGAAAUUCGGAUGCAGCGAAAUCUUUAUGAUUAACCUUGAGAGGAGGACUGAGAGGCGGAAGCUUAUGGAACUAAGCAUGAAGGAACUUGGAAUGGAAGCUACACUAUUUAAGGCUGUAGAUGGCAGGGACCUGGAUCUGUGCAAUUUAAAAGAAUUCUCUAUCACAUUGAUGCCUGGCUAUGAAGAUCCUUAUCAUAAAAGGCCAAUGAAAGCUGGAGAGGUGGGCUGCUUCCUUAGUCAUUACUACAUUUGGAAAAAGAUAGUUGAGAAUCAUUAUAAGACGACCUUAGUCCUUGAAGACGACAUACACUUCGUACCAUACUUCCGACACAAAUUUAUUCUGCUGCUGGACGAAAUAGAAGAGUUAGAUUGGGACCUAGUAUAUAUCGGUAGAAAGAUUUUACUAGAUGGCGAAGAAGAAUAUGCAACCCCGCAUACAACACGACCUCUCUACUCUUACUGGACCCUCGGUUACCUGAUUAGCGAACGGGGAGCGCAAAAGUUAUUGGACGCGAAACCACUCGAUAACAUGUUGCCUGUCGACGAGUUUCUUCCUAUUAUGUUCGAUCAGCAUACAAACGACACAUGGAAAUCCUACUUCCCUAACCGCAACUUGAACGCGUUCUCAGCGGCUCCACUACUUGUACACCCAACGCAUUACACCGGUCAAGAAGGUUACAUUAGUGAUACUGAAGAUUCCACUGUCGUAGACGUAACGGCACUGUCUGGACGUAUGCGUAAUGAGCUGUAG